AUGGCUUCGGCAGAGCCGGAUGACCUUCCGGCAGAGCAGCUGGAGGACAUGCUUUCCGAGCUGCUGGGCAAGUACCAGGAUGCGGGAUUCCAGGGCGCCUUGAAGCAGGCGUACGCGGACUGCGUGCGCAAGCGCCUGGGUCUGCAGGCGGCCCUGGGACCCUUGGUACUGGAGGUGCAGAAGCCGGUGCUGGAGAAAUAUGGUUUGCCCCCGGACGCCCGUGGUGUGGACUUGAUGAAGCACGCGGUCCAACGACGUAUCUGCGAGGGAUCCGACAAGCUGGAGGAUCUCGCAAACGCAGCACGUAAGGCCUUGGGCAUCGAGCCGCUGCCCGAACGCCACUCUACUGCGGAAGCCCAGCUGGCGAGGGGCGCGGACGAGACGGCCGCCAAGUUCUCGGGCGAUGCUGAGAUGCAAAAGCAGCUGCGGGAUCAGUGCAUGAAGAUGGUCGAGUCCGCGACGGCAAAAGGCUCCGUUCCGGCUGCAUCUGCGGCUUUCCUGCAAGAGCUGUUGACGGACGAUGUUCAAAAGACUCCCAUCCCAGCCGCUCUGUGCAUCUUCAGGAUGGCCCAGAUGGGAAUCCAUGUGGAUUUGCUGCGCUGUCGGCAACUGCCGAGUGAAGUCCCGCUGCUGGAGCAGGCACCUACGAAGGAGGAGUUCUUCCGACAGUAUGUGCUCAGAGGGGCACCUGUUGUCCUCCGCGGAGCCUUCCGUGCCGAGCACUUCGCCCCUGCUGCGGCUUUUGCCGACUUCUCCAAACUGCGAGCAAAAUGCGGCCAUCGCCGGGUCUUGGUCAAGAGCUUGGGUUUCAAGGACGAAGACGGCCGGGCACAAUUCAUGACGGACCCGGAGCUGAAGCUUCCUUUUGCCGCCUAUCUGGAGGCCGUGGAGGCAUGCGAGCGAGAUGGGGCGGCGAUGCCCUACUAUCUGGGCAAGGUCCCUCUCCGCGCCGAGCUUCCGGAAUUAUCCAAGGAGAUCGACGCCUCGGACCGAACGCCUUUGAGCGAGUACGGAGGAUGCUUCGGAGACCUUCUACCUGAAGGCGUGUUCACCUACUUUGGCUGCGGCCGCAACUCCACAUCAGUCCAUUAUGACUGCCACGAGAACCUUAUGGUUUGCGUCUGCGGCACCAAGCGGCUGUGGCUGUACCCACCUGGUGAUGCGAGGUUCGUCUACCCCAUCUCCAAAGACAGGGGUUCGAGCACGGACUUCUCCAGAUCUUCGAUCCUCCCCUUCCGGGCCUUUGAGGACCUGGGCCCAGAGGACAAAGAGCGUUACCCACUUCUGCAGCAUGCCACCGUGCUGGAGGUCACUGUUCAAGCUGGUGACAUGCUUUAUCUGCCUGCUUGCUGGUGGCACUGUGUGGAAGGCUCGGACGACCGCAACAUCAUCCUCAACUGGUGGUUCGGUCAGCACACGGAGAAGAAGCAGGCUGCAUCUCGAGCCACGCCAAAGGUGAGCAACGGCUAUGCUUAG